GUGCCAGUCGCGCGAAUUCGACUAGGGUUAGCUGAGAAGACUCGAGGGAAGACGGCAUCGAGCUCGUGGAGCGGGUACAGGUUCUCGAUUUUUUUCUACAUAUCGGAAGCAAAGUUUUUUGCGAAAAUUCAAUAGAUCUUAGAACGAGAUAAGUGAAGACCCAAGAUGGAGCAUCAUAAGACCGCCGCAUCAUCGGCGGCCGCGAAGGACAAUCUAGACACAGCGCUGGGACUGAGGGAAGAGAUCGAAAUGCCAUCGAUAGGUAACAAAGGUAGCAUAUCAACCAAAGAAGCACUUCCAGAACGAGGUACUUGGGGAAGCAAAUUGGACUUCAUACUGUCGGUCGUGGGACUUGCAAUAGGUUUGGGCAAUGUCUGGAGAUUUCCGUACCUGUGUUAUAAGAACGGCGGUGGAGCGUUCUUGAUACCCUACUUUUUAACAUUAAUUUUGGCUGGAAUACCCAUGUUCUUCAUGGAAUUGGCAUUGGGGCAGAUGUUGACCAUAGGUGGUCUAGGAGUAUUCAAAAUUGCUCCAAUAUUUAAAGGAAUAGGAUACGCGGCAGCCGUCAUGUCCUGUUGGAUGAACGUCUACUAUAUCGUAAUCCUCGCAUGGGCGAUAUUCUAUUUCUUUAUGUCUAUGAGAACAGAUGUACCAUGGAGGACGUGUAACAAUUUCUGGAAUACAGAGAACUGCGUCAAUCCCUACGAUAGGAAAAAUUUAUUGUGCUGGGAUCAAUAUAAUAUUAAUAACACAUUAUCAAAAACAUGUGUUGUUAACAGCAUGAAUGUGUCAGUAUCAGAUUUGACAGAUCCUGUCAAAGAAUUCUGGGAGCGACGUGCUUUAAUGAUCUCCGAUGGCAUCGAAUCAGUCGGCAGCAUUCGUUGGGAGUUGGCUGGAACCUUAUUACUUGUUUGGAUUCUCUGUUACUUCUGCAUUUGGAAAGGAGUCAAAUGGACCGGAAAAGUUGUAUACUUCACAGCUCUGUUUCCAUAUUUUCUCUUAACUAUUUUACUUAUAAGAGGAAUAACACUGCCUGGGGCUAUGGAAGGAAUCAAAUUCUAUAUUAGUCCAAACUUAUCUAAACUUAAAGAAUCUGAAGUAUGGAUCGACGCUGUGACGCAAAUCUUCUUCUCGUAUGGUUUAGGAUUGGGAACACUUGUAGCGUUGGGAAGUUAUAACAAAUUCACAAAUAACGUAUACAAAGAUGCGCUCAUUGUAUGUUCGGUUAAUUCGAGUACUAGUAUGUUUGCCGGUUUCGUUAUAUUCUCCGUGGUAGGUUUCAUGGCUCACGAACAACAAAGGCCAGUGGCAGAGGUCGCCGCUUCAGGUCCCGGUUUGGCGUUCUUGGCGUAUCCUUCUGCGGUUUUGCAAUUACCAGGCGCGCCUCUGUGGUCAUGUUUAUUCUUCUUCAUGUUAUUGCUGAUCGGUUUGGAUUCUCAAUUUUGCACAAUGGAAGGAUUCAUUACGGCAGUUAUUGACGAAUGGCCACAUCUUCUUAGGCGCAGGAAAGAAAUAUUCAUUGCUAUUGUUUGUUUCAUAUCAUACUUGGUCGGAUUGACUUGCAUAACACAGGGCGGUAUGUACGUGUUCCAAAUUCUAGACUCUUAUGCCGUGAGCGGUUUCUGUUUGUUGUUCCUGAUUUUCUUCGAAUGUGUUUCGAUUUCGUGGGCUUUUGGUGUCAAUAGAUUUUACGAUGGAAUUAAAGACAUGAUCGGAUAUUAUCCAAUGGUGUGGUGGAAAUUCUGCUGGACCAUUACGACACCAUGCAUUUGUAUCGGAGUAUUCAUCUUUAAUCUGGUUCAAUGGACGCCGGUUAAAUACCUCGACUACUCAUACCCAUGGUGGUCUCACGUGUUCGGAUGGUUCACGGCGCUCACAUCAAUGUUGUGCAUCCCUGGAUACAUGGUCUGGCUCUGGUGGAAGACGCCUGGAGAUCGUGCCACGAAAAUCCGAUUGCUGGUCAGAAUAGAUGACGAUGUCGCGACAUUGCGUUCAAAAAUGCAAGCUGCUCUUCAAUCACAGCCCUCUGAUAUUUCAUCACUAUAGGGGAAUAGUAAAUGCAUAGUUACAUAGAUUCAGAUUAAAUAAAUAAACAUUUAUUAAAACCAAAAAGUAGUGAACCGACAAUCCCAAAAAUAUUCCAUUUUAUGUCACAAAU